AUGGACCUUGCUAUCGCCAAUUAUGGCACCAGCAACGUCGGUAUAAUGUUUGGAACUGGUAACAACACUUUUGCAAAUCAAAUCACGUUUUCAACUGGUCCUAAUUCCCAUCCAUACUCGAUUGCUGUUGGUCACUUAAACGAUGACACUAUGCUAGAUAUUGCUGUCACCAACUAUGGAAAUAACAGUGUAGGUAUAUUUCUAGGUCAUGGUAACGGGACUUUUAUGAGUCAAACGACUUAUUCCCUCAGUCCUGCUUCUCCAUAUUCUAUCGGCAUUGGUGACUUCAACAAUGACAAUCGAAUGGAUUUAGUCGUAACCAAUAAUGGUACUAACAAUACAGCUCUACUUGUCGGAUAUGGUAACGGUAAUUUUGCAAGUCCAACAAUGUAUUCAACUGGAUCUUCUUCAUCCAUUUCCGUUGCCAUAGGUGAUUUAAACAAUGAUAGUCGUUCAGACAUCGUCACCAUCAACAAUGAUACAGGCACCAUAGAUAUCAUGUUUGGUUAUGAUGAGUUUUUUCCAAUUCAAAUGACAUAUUCAACUGACACUUUUCCAUAUUCUGUAGCUGUUGGUGAUUUUAAUGGCGAUACCCGACUGGAUGUCGUCGUUGCUAAUAGGGGUAACAACACUGUAAGUAUACUUCUUGGAUAUGGUAAUGGCUCUCUUUCAAAUCACACAGCAUAUUCUACUGGCUCUAAGCCAUGGUCUGUAGCUGUUGGUGAUUUUAAUACUGACACCCAUCUAGAUAUUGUCAUCGCUAAUAAUGGUGACAAUACUACAAGUGUACUUCUCGGAUAUGGUAAUGGGUCUUUUGCAAAUCAAACAAUAUAUUCAACUGGCUCUUGGCCAUGGUCUGUAGCUGUUGGUGACUUAAACAACGAUACCCGACUGGAUAUUGUCGUCGCUAAUAAUGAUGACGCUACCAUAAGCAUACUUCUUGGAUAUGGAAAUGGCUCUUUUGCAAAUCAGAUGACAUAUUCAACUGGCUAUUGGCCUAGGUCUGUAGCUCUUGGUGAUUUUAAUAAUGACAAUCGACUGGAUAUCGUCGUAGCUAACGGUUAUAACAACACUAUAAGUGUAUUUCUCGGAUAUGGUGAUGGCUCGUUUGCGAAUCAGACGACAUAUUUAACUGGUUCUCGUCCAAACUCUGUAGCUGUUAGUGACUUUAACAACGACACCCGAUUGGAUAUCGUCGUCACUAAUUUUGGUGGCAACACUGUUAGUAUACUUCUCGGAUAUGGCAAUGGCUCUUUUGCAAAUCAAACGGCAUAUUCAACUGGUUCUGCACCAAACUCUGUAGCUGUUGGUGACUUUAAUAACGACACCCGACUAGAUAUUGUCGUUGCUAAUUUUGGUGGCAACAAUGUAAGUGUAUUUCUCGGAUAUGGUAAUGGCUCUUUUGCAAAUCAAACGACAUAUUUAACUGGCUCUGGUGCACAAUCUGUAGCUGUUGGUGACUUUAACAAUGACACUCGACUGGAUCUUGUCGUCGUUAAUUUUAAUGAGAACACGGUAGGUAUACUACUUCGAUAUGAUAGAGGAGCUCUGAAAGAUAAAAUCAAAUUUGCAUCUGCCGAUGGUUCUCGUUUGCAAAACUUCGCUGUUUUUGAUUUCAAUAACGAUAGUCUAUUGGAUAUCGCCGUUGUCAAUUAUGGCACUGAUAACAUAGGUAUCCUUCUUGGAUAUGAGAAUGGCACUUUUGAAAAUCAAACGGUGCUUUCAACAGGUUUAAAUUCCUAUCCUUGCUCAAUUGCUAUCCAUGAUUUCAACAAAGACGGUCAAGUGGAUAUAGCUGUGGCCAAUUAUGGUACUGAAAACCUUGUUACACUUCUGGGAAAUGGGAAUGGGACAUUUGAAAAUCAAGCAAGUUACAGUGUAGAUUUCGAUUUCGCUCCAUUGAUGAUUGGUGCUGGCAGUUUCAGCAAAGAUAGACGUUCAGAAAUCGUGGUCGCAUAUGAUGGCAUCGAUCAUAUAGAUGUAUUUGUUGCAUACGACAUAGGAUCUUUCAGUAAUCACAUAAAAUAUUCAACUGGCUAUGGACCAAGAUCUAUAGCUGUCAAUAAUUUUAAUAACGACACCCAUCUGGAUAUCGUCGUCACUAAUCAGAACGAUCACACUGUAAGUGUGUUUCUCGGGCAUGGAAAUGGUUCUUUUGCAAAUCAAGUGACGUAUUCAACUGGCUCUUGGCCAUGGUCUGUAGCUGUUGGCGAUUUUAAUAACGACACUCAUCUGGAUAUCGUCGUCGUUAAUUUUGGUAGCAACAAUGUAAGUGUCCUUCUUGGAUAUGGUAAUGGCUCUUUUGCAAAUCAAACAACUUAUUCAACUGGCUUUGGCCCACGAGCUGUAGGUGUUGGUGAUUUUAACAACGAUAUUCAUCUGGAUAUUGUGGUCACUAAUUAUGGUAAUAAUACUGUAAGUAUCCUUCUUGGAUAUGGAAAUGGCUCUUUUGCAAAUCAAAUGAAAUAUCCAACCGGUUCUUAUCCAUGGCCUGUAGCUGUUGAUGACUUCAACAACGACACUCAUCUGGAUAUUAUGGUUACUAAUUAUGGUGACAACACUCUAAGCAUCCUUCUUGGAUAUGGCAAUGGCUCUUUUGCAAAUCACAUGGCAUAUUCAACUGGCUCUGUGCCAAGUUCUGCAGCUGUUGGUGAUUUUAACAACGACACCCAUUUGGAUAUCGUCGUCGCUAAUCAUGAUGACGAUACUGUAAGUGUACUUCUCGGAUAUGGUAAUGGUUCUUUUGCAAAUCAAACCAAGUAUUCAACAGGCUCUGGACCAACUUCUGUAGCUGUUGAUGAUUUUAAUAAUGACAACCGACUGGAUAUCGUCAUCAGUAAUUGGAAUGACAACACUAUCAGUGUGCUUCUUGGAUAUGGCAAUGGCUUUUUUGCAAGUCAAAUGACAUAUUCAACCGGUUAUAGUCCUUCAUUUGUAGCUGUUGGUGAUUUUAAUAAUGACACCCGACUGGAUAUCGUUGUUGCGAAUAAUAAUGAGAUAAGUGUUAGUGUAUAUCUUGGAUAUCCCAAUGAAGGUUUUCUAAACCAAAUGAGACUCAUAACUGAAAAUGGAUCUCAGCCUAAGUCAUUCGCCAUUGGAGAUUUUAAUAGUGAUGGUCAAAUAGAUAUUGCAGUUGCGAAUUCAGGUACUAACAACGUUAGUAUUUUUCUGAGAUAUGGCAAUGAUUCUUUCGCAAAUCCAAUGACAUAUCCAACCGACGCCUCUCCAUGGGCGAUAGCUGUUGGUGAUUUCAACAACGAUACAAUACUUGAUAUUGUCACCGCGAAUCAUGGCAAUGACACUGUUAGUAUAUUUCUUGGAUGGGGCAAUGGUUCAUUUUCAGACCAACAGACGUUUACGACAGGUUUUAAUUCUCAACCAAAAGCGGUUGCCGUUGGUGAUUUCAACAACGACACCUUGCUAGACAUUAUUGUUGUCAAUUAUGGUACAAGCAAUGUAGGUGUGUUGCUUGGAUAUGGAAAUGGCUCUUUCGCAAGUGUAAAGUUUUUUUCGACCGGUUAUGGAUCUCUUCCCUUCUCGAUCGCCAUUGAUGAUUUAGACAAUGAUGGAAAGUUGGAUUUCGUCGUCGCCAACGAAGGUGCUGACAAUUUAAAAAUUUUUCUACAGACUUGUUAAUAUUACCACUCUGAAGUUGAGUGUUUUUCAUUGAUUCACUAUUUCUAACUUUUACUUAUUGCUACUAAUAUUUCUUCUAACUUUUUUUUUGGCUGUGGGUAUACGUUGAGAAUUAAUAAAUUUUACAUAAAGAUAAGAAACAUCAAGUGAAGCUACCACAAUGUGUUUCAAUUUGGCAAAAAAUCAUGUUAGGUGUAAGUUGUGUGCAUAUCAAGCACAUCAUCAUGUCUUUCGAUCUUGCUCUAGGGUCUCAUCAGAUAAUUAAACAAAAAGUAUCUUUUCAAGUGAUGUUAGGAUCAUAGAGGAGAUAGAUAAUCACCGAAAGAAGAAAAAUUUGUUUGUAUGUGGAAUCAAUAUUCUUUUAUAUAAUCUGGUUCAUUGUAACUGGUCAUAGCAAUUGAAGCAUAAUAGCUUUAUUUCUCAUAUUGUUUUUAGGGAUAUAUUUUUUAAGUAGUUUGCAUUCUAGUGGGGCGUAAGUUUUGUGAAUCCUCGCAUCUUCUUGUACUCCUGGGUUCUUGAUCUUCAGUGCUCAUGGUUGAAGAAUCUUGGACAGUCUAAUUGUCAUUCUGUUGAGUCCUAUCGUUUCAAGAAGUUCUUAUUGAAAUGAAGUUUUUAUAUUCUAUCUUUUAUUUAUUCAAAUAAUUAUAAGACAAGAAUCCAUGAUCAUAAAAUGGAAAGUAUGUUUCUCGUCAUCCGAGAAAAGUUUUCAUCUUGGUGUCACAAUAGCAAAUAAUAACAUAGUAUUUCCUGGACGACCAUUAUGUUCAGCAACAAUUGAUGCCAUAUUAUUUGAAUGUCUACGCAUUAGUUAUUUCUGCCAUGUUCAGACUGUUUCAAUUUCUGACAAUGAGUUUUGUGUUCCAGAUCGGUGUUGUAUUGAAAAUGUUGUUCUACAGGGUGUCCUAUAAAUAGGACUACGAUCAAAAAUUCAAAUAUCUAUACUCCAGUUCAAUCAAAUGGGCUGAUUUUUUGGCUAGUGAAUAGAACUUUAUUCAAAAAUUUUUUUAUACGGAUAAUGUAAGUAAACACUUUUAUUAAGCAUUAUUGUUGACCUCACUAAAGAAAUUUGAUCUGUUAUCAUGUAAGCAAAAAUACAUAUGAAGGCUUCCAUAGAUAAUUUUUAGUUGUUACUUAAGAAAGCAACAAGAAGAAAUUAAAAUAAGUUUUAUAAGUGAUAUAGCAUUGAUACAAAUAGAUCAAACUUUCAAGAGUAGUUAAUUUAAAAAUCAACGAGUACAAUAUUCCGGAUUUUCAAGCAUGGAGCACUGGCUUAGUCGAAGAAAUUGAUGAUUCAGUGUCCAAAGGACUUUAAUUGUGCAUUUUACUUUUCAGACACGACUUGUGACAUUUAAAAAUGCUAGUUCUGAAAAUUUGGUCUAUUUGCAUCAAUGCUAUAUUACUUAUAAAACUUAUUUUAAUUUCUUCUUGUUGCUUUCUUAAGUAACAACUAAAAAUUAUCUAUGGAAGCCUUCAUAUGUAUUUUUGCUUACAUGAUAACAGAUCAAAUUUCUUUAGUGAGGUCAACAAUAAUGCUUAAUAGAAGUGUUUACUUAAAUUAUCCGUAUAAAAAAUUUUGAAUAAAGUUCUAUCACUAGCCAAAAAAUCAGCCCAUUUGAUUGAACUGGAAUAUAGAUAUUUGAAUUUUUUAUCGUAGUGCUAUUUAUGAGACAUCCUGUAAGACGUUUCUAUUUAUUGAAAAUGUAGACGUGUUAGUAAUGAGUUAGUAUGUUUAAUGAAAUUAGAAGCAAUGGGCAUAUACUUAGGGCAGUCCAAAAGUAGUGGCCCAGGUACCUUAUUUUCUUAUAACAGGCUUAUUGAAAUUUUCUUUCUAUAUGAGAAGAUAGAGAAAGCGAAGCUCUAUUUUUCUAUGCUAUUUGAUCACUUUUUAACUGCUAACAUAAUAAUAAAAUUUUAAUAAGAACUGUUUUUGUAUAAAACAUAACUAUUAAAUUUUAUCAUAUUUUCAUCUAUGUGUGUUUUAUUUUUGGUUUUUUCCUUGUUUUUUCUAUUCACUUUACCUUCUUCUUUUUUCUUCUCAUCCUUUCUAAUGCCUAGCCCUCUAUA